AUGGCUACGGCCAUGCGCCAACGCAAGAAACCUUCGCGAAUGACCCUCAGUCAAGAUGUCAGCAGGUCGCAGACCGAAAAGAAGAAAAGCAAAGACGAUGUGGCGGGACCAUUUGCAGGAAUGAAUCAGACAGUGGCCAGACCCCGACCGGCGGAUCGUGAACGAAGAGCAGCGCCUCGCACGCUCCCCUCGAGGCCUCGGAUGGCGGUCCGACAAGAAAUCAAGAAACGAGCGGCUCCGACCCAAACAUCGGGUGAAGCAGCAGCAGACGGCACAACGAGCGAAAAGACCUCCACAAGCCCCAAAAAGAAAUCAGCCAAAGACGAAAGACCCUUAUUCCACGCCCUCAAGAUGCAACAGACCCUGGCGCCUCUAUCCUACAGCCAGCGGGACAAGCUGAAACAGAAACUUGAGAAGAUCAACUCGUUCGAAGAGCUAGGAUUGAUGCCCUCGGUGGCGAGUGCAGUCUAUACACAAGUUCUCCCCGGUCUGACAGAAUACGUACCUACACCGGCGCAGAAACUAGCGAUUCCCGCCCUCCUCAGCAAAAAGGACGAAUACCAGAAACAAAAGAAGACAACAACCGAAACAACAGCGGACGGUCAAGAAGCUCAACCUCAACCCAAAUUCAACCAGUUCCUAAUCGCCGCCGAGACCGGAUCCGGCAAGACACUCGCAUACCUCCUCCCGAUCAUCCACCACGUCAAAGAGCAGGAAGAGCUAGACCGAAUCGCGGAGGCGGAACAAGAGGCGCGCGAGGAGCAAGCAAAACAAGACCGGGAGAAGCGACUGGUCUUCGAAGCGGACCCCUCCGAAGACGAGCCGAAAGUGCAUCCAUCCAUGGGGCGACCACGAGCACUAAUCCUAGUACCUUCAUCCGAACUCGUCGCGCAGGUCACCAAGGUGGUGAAACUGAUCGGACAUACAGUCAAGUACAAGUCGGCAGGUAUUUCAUCGUACAAUAGCCCCACAGUGAUCCGGAAACGACUGUUCAACCCGAACGGUAUUGACAUUCUUGUAUCGUCGCCUCACUUGAUCGCGAGCAUCGCCAAAAAGGAACCCAACAUCCUGUCCCGAGUGCAGUAUUUAGUGAUGGAUGAGGCCGACUCACUCUUCGACCGAUCCUUCAGCGAGACGACAUGCGAGAUCAUCGACCGAGCAACCCCGUCUUUGAAACAACUCAUUCUCUGCUCCGCCACCGUGCCCAACUCGCUCGACCGGUUCAUCGACAAACGAUUCCCCGAAACCAAGCGCAUCGUCACACCGAAACUGCACACAAUCCCCCGUCGCGUCCAGCUGGGGGCCGUCGACAUCGACAAAGAUCCUUACCGGGGUUCCCGCGACCUCGCAUGUGCCGACGUCAUCUGGACACUCGGCAAGGCCGUGCACGAAGACAUGAACCCGCGCAACACGGUCAAACACAUUUUAGUCUUUGUGAAUGAACGUGAGCGAGCCGAAGAGCUGGCCAAGUUCUUGGCCUCCAAGGGAAUCGACGCCGUCGCCUUGACCCGCGACACCACGGAGCAACGACAGGCCGAGAUUUUGUCGACAUUCACGUCGUCCUCGGUGGUCGAAGGGUCGGAAAAGCCAAACACUUCCGCAAAAAAGACCAAACUCUUCAGCGACUUUGUGCCUUUUGACAGCGCCACCACCACUACUGACAAUUCGGCCAACGGCGGCAAACCCACGCGUCACCUGCCCGACACAAAGGUCUUGGUCACCACCGACCUAGGGUCCAGAGGAGUCGACACUCUAGCCGUGCGCCAUGUCAUUCUGUACGAUGUGCCCCAUACCACCAUUGACUUUGUCCACCGCCUAGGUCGGCUGGGUCGCAUGAACCGUCGGGGCCGCGCCAUUGUCUUGAUGGGCCGCCAUGAUCGCAAGGAUAUCAUCCGCGAAGUGAGGGAGGCAAUGUAUAAGGGACAAGCAUUGAUCUAA